UUGAGGCAGAAAUUAGCAGUUAGAAAAUAUGGUUGUUCAUGGCAUUUAUUAAUCGAAGACCUAGACCUCCGAAAUUUUUUCCAGGAAAUUGUGUGACUAGAGGCUUUGGCAGAAUUUCCCCACCAAAAUAUUCUUAUGAUUUUCUCCAGCUUCAUCGAAGUUGAUUGUGGGAAGAUUUCUGCGGUCAUGGUGUAGACUUUGAAACUUCUUCGUCGACUUUGAAGCUUUCCUAUACUCCAUUAUUGUUACAGAUCAGUCCGGAUGAGCUGCAGACGCAGUAAACCCACGUCUCUACAAAUAAAAUGCUUCUCCGUCUCUUUAAUUUGGUACCUGCGCCUGCUUUGAAUUCCUCUCCUGGUUUGGUUUUCAGGGUCUGCAGCAGCGGAGUCCAUUGUAAUUUGUAAACUAGACUGAUCAGGAGAUGGAUGGGAGUCGAAGUGAUUCAACUAAUAUUUCCAGCGUUGCUUCGUCUUCCGGUGGCAACGGAACAGGCCACGACAACACCCCGUCUUCUGGGGAAGUUCUGUUACACGGCAAGCUGGAUAUAUGCAUAGUGGAGGCGCAAAACCUUCCCGGGAGUCGUCGGCUUCAUAGGAAGUCUCUGGAUAAGGUUCAUGAUAUAAGAGCAAAGUGUGAAAAAUUCCUGCGCAACCGUGAACCUUCUUCCUUCAAGGAACUUGGGCGGAAAAUGCUGGGUGCAUUGGAAAAGCGCAUACCUCACUCAAGCGAACCAUUUGUUUCAAUUUGUCUAUCUAAUGCCAAAAUUGGCAGAACUCGUGUGAUUAGAAAUAGUAGAGACCCUGUCUGGAAGCAGAAUUUUAGUGUUCUGGUUGCACAUUACGCGUCAGAGGUGCGUUUCGAAGUGAAGAACCACGACAUCAUAGGUGCCGAGAUGACAGGGGCCGUUGAAAUUCAGGUAGCAGAAAUUUAUUCAGGACAUCUAGGCAAGGUGGAGGGGAAUUUUACGGUCGCCAAAAACGGAAAAAAGACUGGGGCUGAGCUACGCAUUCUAAUUCAGUACACCCCAGUAGAGCGCCUGAACCUUUACAAUCUGGGUCCUCAUUUCCCAGGGAUUGAAGGUGCAUACUUCCCUCUCAGGAAGGGUGGAAUUGUCAAGCUUUAUCAAGAUGCCCAUGUUCCAGACGGUUAUCUUCCGGAACUGAAGCUCGAUGAUGGAUUGCAGUACGAGCAUGGCAAGUGUUGGCAGGACAUCUCUGAGGCGAUUGACAAAGCUAAACAUCUAAUAUACAUUGCUGGGUGGUCAGUAUACCGAUUUGUAAGAUUGCAGAGAGAGUCCAACAACCAGCAGACACUGGGGGAGCUCCUCUUACGCAGGUCAAGAGAGCGUGUAAGAGUGGCGAUAUUGGCGUGGGAUGAUCCUUCUUCAUGGCAUAUCUUCGGUUUUAAUACGAGAGGAAAGAUGAAUACCCAUGAUGAGGAACUUCGCAGCUUUUUCAAAAAGACUCAAGUAAAUGUGUUGCUUUGUAAUCGAAAAGUUGCAGGAAAAGAGUAUGGUCUCUUGAAGAAACAGGAAGCCGCUGCAAUUUAUACGCAUCACCAGAAAAUUUUAAUUGUGGAUUCUGAUGCGGGUAAUAACAAGAGAAAAAUCAUAGCUUUUAUUGGGGGACUUGAUUUAACUGAGGGGCGAUAUGAUACUCCAAGCCAUCCUUUAUUUGGUACGCAGCAAACAGUGCAUAGUGGUGACUUUCUCAACCCCAACUUCAAGGAUUUUAUUGAUGGUUGUCCAAGACAACCUUGGCAUGAUCUGCACUGCAAAAUUGAAGGUCCAGCAGCAUAUGACAUUCUUGAUAAUUUUGAAGCACGUUGGCGAAAAGAAUCAAGGCCCUUUGGAAUUGAAAAAUGUAUUACAGUUGAAAGAUUAAAACAUCAUCGCCAUGAUGCAUUGCUUGAUAUACAAACUUUAUCCGACAUACUAGACGCUUCUAAUUGUGUAAGUGAGGAUGAUCCCGAGUCUUCUUGGAAUGUACAAGUUUUCCGUUCAAUUGAUUCGAAUUCUGUGAUAGACUUCCCAAAGGAUGAUCCAACUGAAGUUGAAGAAAAGAAUCUAGUUUAUGGGAAGAAUGUAGUGAUUGACAUGAGCAUACAUUCUGCAUAUGUUACUGCCAUUCGAGCAGCCCAGAAUUUCAUUUAUAUUGAGAAUCAAUAUUUUAUUGGGUCUUCCUACAAUUGGACUUCACGCAACCAAUCAGGCGCCGACAAUUUAAUACCAAUGGAAAUUGCUCUCAAAAUUGCCAACAAGAUCAAAGAAAAGAAAAGAUUUUCUGCAUAUAUAGUUAUUCCAAUGUGGCCAGAGGGCGAUCCAGCAUCAAAAGCCGUACAAAUGAUGCUAUAUUUGCAGCUUGAAACAAUGCGGAUGAUGUAUAAGAUGGUUUACGAGGCUUUGGAAAAAGCUGGACUGGAGAAGAAGUAUACGCCGCAGGAUUAUUUGAACUUCUUUUGUCUUGGCAACCGUGAAGCGCUUGACCAGAAGGCUGCUUCUUCAAGCGGAGAAAGCCAUGUCAAGGCACAGGAAAACACCCCUCAAGAACGAACAAAAAGGAGUCGACGGUUCAUGGUGUAUGUUCAUUCAAAGGGCAUGAUAGUAGAUGAUGAAUAUGUGAUAUUGGGGUCUGCAAACAUCAAUCAGCGCUCUAUGGAGGGCAACAGAGAUACUGAAAUUGCCAUUGGCGCUUUCCAGCCUAGCCACACCUGGGAAACAAAACAAUCUGGUCCUCGUGGGCAGGUCUACGGGUACAGGAUGUCACUGUGGGCAGAACACAUGGGAAGGAUGGAGGAAUGCUUUGCUCAUCCAGAGAGCCUUGAUUGCACCAGACGUGUUAGGGAACUGGCGGAACAAAAUUGGCAACAAUAUGCAUCUGAGGAGGUAACAGAUAUGAGGGGACACCUUCUCAAGUACCCUGUCAAAGUUGAGAAAGGAAAGAUUGAGCUUCUUGAUGACUGCCUCACUUUCCCAGAUCAUAUGCAGGCGAAUAUAAAGGGGAAGUUUGACAGUGCUCUGAAAAACCUAACCAUUUGAUGGUCUCAUAAUCAGUUUCAAUUUAUCAUUCUGUGACUUCUUGCUGCUACUAAGUCCAUUUGAAUGUCAUCUAGAUAUGAAUUCUAAAACCCGUCAUUUAAGCAAAAAGUAGGAGCUAGCUACUAAGGUCAUUUGAAUGUCAUAUUGUACUACU